AUGCCGCGGAGCCCCCCAGUGGGCCAGGAAAACAUCAACACCGACAUUGUGACUUUGUCCCGCUUUUUCACGGAGGAGCAGGCCAAGUACCCCGAUGCCUCGGGUGACUUCACGCUGCUGUGCCAUGCGCUCCAAUUCUCGUUCAAGUCGAUUGCUUACUACAUCCGGCGCGCGUCGCUGAUCAACCUGACGGGCCUGGCGGGGUCGUCCAACACGACGGGCGACGACCAGAAGAAGCUGGACGUGAUCGGCAACGAUAUCUUUGUGUCGGCGAUGCGCGGGUCCGGCAAGUGCCGCAUCAUCGUGUCCGAGGAGGAAGAGGAGGUGAUCAAGUUCGACGAGCACCCGGACGCCCGGUACGCCGUGGUGUGCGACCCGAUCGACGGCUCGUCCAACCUGGACGCCGGUGUCUCGGUCGGCACGAUCUUCGGCAUCUUCCAGCUGCCCGACGAGGUGCUGGGCCCCAACAAGUCCGUCGGCCCGCAGGAUCUGCUGCACCCGGGGACUAGCCUGGUGGCGUCGGGCUUUACCAUGUACGGCGCGUCGGCCCAGCUGGUUAUCACCAUGCGCGGCGGCGGCGUCAAUGGCUUCACGCUCGAGAACUCGCUGGGCGAGUUCAUCCUCACCCACCCCAACAUGCAGCUGCCCCCCAAGCGCGCCAUCUACUCCGUCAACGAGGGGAAUAGCAUGUAUUGGGACGAGUGGUGCACCCAGUACUUCCACAGCCUCAAGUUCCCGCCCGAGGGCGAGAAACCCUACAGCGCCCGUUAUAUUGGCAGCAUGGUCGCCGACGCCUACCGAACUCUUCUUUAUGGUGGCAUCUUCGCCUACCCGGCCGACUCCAAGAGCCCCAAGGGCAAGCUGCGUAUCUUGUACGAGUGUGCCCCCAUGGCCAUGCUGUUCGAAAACGCCGGCGGUCUGGCCGUCAACUCGAGAAUGGAGCGUCUGAUGGAGGUCUGCCCCGAGCACAUCCACGACAAGAGUGGUGUUUUCCUCGGCUCCCGCGACGAGGUCCAGAAGGUCAUCGAUAUGUACAACAAGUACCAGAAAAAAUAA